AGCACCAGAGUUAGUUGCCCCAUACUGACUGCUUGGUGCGGUUAUCUGAGCGUUUGUCACUGCAGAAGCAGAUGCUCCGUCCAGGCUGGUUUAAGUCCUCUAAGAAGCCACUAGUCCAAUUAACCAAGAGGAGGCAGAAAUCCGCGCAUGUCUGCUAUUAAACUAACUUACUGCUCCUCGGCUAGACGAUGGAUGUGAGCGCCGCUCCGUCAUAUGGCGACGAUCUGACACGACAGCCCGCCAUCAGCAAACAAGUUGGACCAGAAGCGCCACAGUAUCAUCAGUGAGAUGCGGGUGUGUUUUGAGCGGUGACAGUCGCGAUUUGGGCUCACACAGUAAGCCUUUAUAAGCUCCUGGAGAGUAGCUGUUACUCCUUUGGCGACGCUGCGGACUUUCCUCGAGCUGUUUGUGAAGGCGGAUCGUUAACAUGGAAACACACACUGAUGUGCUGCUCGUCACCGCAAAUGUCGGGUCACUCUUUGACAAUGUGGGUGAAAUUCAAAACGAAUGGGUGCAAGAACUGUAUAGGACCAUCCACAGCUACAAGCCGAAGUUCAUCGCCCUGCACUUCCAGGAGGUGGGAGGGAAGGACUACAUGGUCAACAUGGGCCUUGCUGAACAGUUCUUUUGGAGCAUUGAGUCCAGUGAGGAAAUGAAAGACUUUGACAGGUCCUGCAUCUACGUGGACAACCAGUUCAAAGCAGAAGACAGCUUCACGGCUUUGGGCAGCAUGUACUUCAUCCACAAGACACUGAAAAACAUCUAUCAGUAUGAUUUUAAUGUUAAGGAUUUUAAAGCAGUGUCGGGGCAGAACAAACACAUGGGCUCUCUGGAUGUGGUCGCCGCAGUGGAGAAAGAAAAAUUCCCAAAGAAUUUCUGGCCUGAUUUCAAGUGGUCCAGAAAGGGCUUCAUGAGGACCCGCUGGAUCAUACACAACCAAGGUCUGGACCUGGUCAAUGUCCACCUGUUCCAUGAUGCCUCCAACCUCAUUGCCUGCAACUCCAGUCCUUCCAUUUACUCAGCCAACCGCAAACGCGCUCUCAGAUAUGUCAUCAACAGGAUAUCAGACAGCCGCUACACUCCUCUGCCUUUCUUCCUGUUUGGAGAUUUCAACUUCCGAUUAGACACACUGAGUCUGGUCCAGCACCUGUCCACCUCGGCAGAUGUGCAGACAGUGAAGAUGGACAGCAGCAACAAAGUGGAGAAAAUCAUCUGCGAAGAAAAAGAUAACGACCACCAGGUCGUGCUCCACAUUGAGGAAAAGAUGUUUGACUACUUGCACCAGGCGAUUUUCAGGGAGGACAAUGGCAGAGCACUUUUGAAAUAUGACAAAGAAGUCACAGCCUUUCAUGAUGUUAUUAGGGAAGAGGACAUCACGUUUCCACCCAGCUACCCCUACAGUGAAGAGUACACUAAACCGACCCAGUACAUGAACACUCGCUGUCCUGCCUGGUGUGAUCGGAUCCUCAUGUCACACACAGCCCAGGAAUUCAUCCAUAAGAGAGAUGACGAUGAGAAGAGCGUUGUUUACGACACAGUGGGCCCUAAUAUCUGUAUGGGAGACCAUAAGCCGGUUUUCUUGUUCUUCUCACUGAAGACAAACGACCAUUGACUCGGAUCCUUCUCAAUGGGAAGAGCAUGUGCCAGUCUUCGGCCACACCUUCCACAGAGCUCUUCCACAGUGUCAGUACUAGAGGUUAAUCAACAUGAUGGUUACCCGCCACAACCCACCAACUCAUCAGCCAGCUACGGGUCUCGACACAUUUAGUCCCCGUUGUUAAAACCCCGACCUCAUGUCACUGGUGUCUCCCAUCUGAUCUCAUUGCCACAUACUGUCGACAGCUGCAGAGACACAGAUUUAUCAGCUGCUGUCGUGGAUUUCUGAGGCAGUUGCUCUGAUUCUUCAACUCACUCUCAGAUCUUAAGCCCCCCUCACCUGAAAGCUCAGUGUCACUGAGGACGUCAAUACAGUUCCUGCUUGCAGCCAUGGAGACUGUGAUCGAACGAUGACAUAAAGACUGCAGUGUAUGAUUGUGGACCAGCCCUUUUACAUGGAUGUGUACAAGAAUAUGCAACGUUUUUAUAAGAGCGAUUGUGGUCAUUAAAUUUUUUUUAAAUGUCUUUUUUUACAGGCAGUGUCAGAUAACCCCCGGCCAAGGCAUCACAAAUUUACUCAUUCUGUUUUGGCGCUAAGUAAUCUAUGAAAUCUCAGUCAGUCAGGCCGCUCUGUAGCAACUGAACUGGAUAGCUUCCACUCAGUAGGUUUUCAAUUAGCAGUUGAAUUCAGCCAAUCACAAGCCAGUAUUGUGAAACUCCUUUUAGUGAAAUAAUUUGAAGAACAUCAGUGUUGUUAUGAGUUUAUGUAAAAAAGGAAAUAAUGAAAACUAAAAAAUAUGUGAUCUGACCAAGUAUAGGCCUACUGAGCAUGUGUGCAUGCUUUUAUUUUGUAUUUUAUUACAUUUUUAGUUCAGGUAUUUACUUUUUUAAGUUGUUUACUAUCAAUAUAAGCAGUAUAUUUACACCACAGGGAAACACAGUAGAGGAAUGCUGCUAUCUCAGUUUCCUGUUGACAUGUUUAGUCAGUUAUCCUCUGUAGCUAAAAUAUUUUCCAUGAAGGAUUUCUCACUGACAUGUAGCUGCUUCAUCACAGCAGCUUUAACUAUGUCACAUGUCUCUUGAUUACUAUGCAUAACAAAAUCUAUUACAGAAUUUAUUUUGAUAAAUGUAUGUGGUGAUAAUAAUAUGGAAAUGAUGUAGAAAAGACACUAGACAGUGGACUAAAAGGCCAAUAAGAUUUUAAAGCAGCAACAAAACCAACUGCAACAGUUUUGUCUGUUUAUGAAUGUUGUGGUAGGAGCUGAAUUAAGUAGAGUGUUUCACCUUGUUUAAUUUGAAGCAGCAUUCUUUUGCAGUUUUUUCCGUGUACCAAUAAUAAUACCAAGUGCUUUAUUCCACAAGCUAUAACCCAGCAGUUCUCCAUGUUUCGAUUUCCUCAAUUAGAGAAAGUUUUCUUCAGAAAUCUCUUCCACCCCGUUCUGGUUGGCAUCAACCAUAUUUCAUUGCCAAAAUAUUUAUACGUAGGGCUGGACGAUAUGGCCAAAGAUUUUAUCACGAUAAAAAGUUUCAUAUCUUUCGAUAUCGAUAAUUAUCACAAUAAAUAUCAAAUCAUUAUUUCUUUUGAGUUUAAAGACUCAAUCAACAAUUGAUGCCAAACAGUGGAUCACUUCACAAAUCUGAGUUUGAACAUUAAAAACAAUUAUUUUAAAAAUCUUUGUCAACAAAUGUGCAUGAGAAAAAUUAAGUCAAAUCUUUUCUCAGUCCUUUUUCCUCAACAAAAGAAACAUUUUAAUAAAAAAAUUAAGUCCUAAUUCGUUUGUGAUUCAGGUAAAUAAAAUCAAACCUUUAUUGAAUAUUUAUUUAACAUUUGUUAUAUUGUUAUUGAAAAACAUUGCGAUAAUUAUUGUUAUUGUUUUAUUGUCCAGCCCUAAUUAUAUGGUAGGCCUUACAUGUUUACUUCUAACUGCAGUUAAGGAAUGUGGGCUUCACACGUGUGCGCUACCAUACACAACACAGAAGGCACUUUUGCUUUUGGAUUUCUUUGAAUUUUGUCUUAUUUUGUUGAUUUAUAGUCUCAUAUUAUAACACCAGUUCUGUAUAACAUUUUUGAUGUGUGAGUAAUUUGUUAGAUUCUUCAAUCUGGUUUAAAAACUGACUAAUUGAAAGAAUUGCAAACAUGUUUUUGCUUCGUUACAUCCAUUCAUUAGCCAUACCUGCUUAUCCAGCUUGGGCCAAUUCCAGCUGAUGUGUAUAAUAUAUAUUUCUUAGUGUUUUGUGAAAUGUCUUCUGUCUUAUACAUCUUGGUGGAACAGAGCAACCCUUAUAUUCAUACAUUAACACUUUUCAUGCAUAAAUUCACAGAUAUUCAUAUUAAGUUUGGACUGUCUGCCAUGUUUGUACUGUGAAUCAGUGAUGCAAAUGUCUGGAUACUGGAUGAAGAACAGUUUGUAAGUAAUAAACUUUUAGCGGUUCACUGUUGACCAAUCAUGGGAGUGAAGUUUAUUAUAAGGCCAGUAUUAUCUUUAGAUUAACUCUGGUCAAACACUACAUCAUUGUGAUAUUUCCCUCUUGUAAAUAAAAUAUUACCCUAAUAAACA